AGAAGAAAUGUCCACUCCUACCGGGAAAUGUGCAAAGGAUAAGUCAUCAUCGAAACAAAUUCAACUGCACUCAUCUCAACUAGCUCUUGCGUCAUUUUUCGUUCUAUUUAUUCUCGAACCCAACAUCGAAAUUCAACAAAGCCAAUUCUUGACACAGAUUUAGAAAUUCGCCUAUAUUGUUUUCUCAGUAGCAAAAUCGAUUAUCUAAAGUUAAAAAAUGCAGGCAAUUGCAGAUGUUAAUCAACGGAUUGCUAGAUUAUUAGCUCAUCUCAACCCCUCCAUGAAUAAUCUGCAGACAGAGGGGAGUUCGAAUUUUAGACAGGAAAACUGCAGGGCAAAAGGGGGAUCACCAGGAUUCAAGGUGGCAAUAUUGGGUGCAGCAGGAGGCAUAGGCCAGCCUUUAGCAAUGCUUAUGAAGAUGAAUCCAUUGGUUUCUGUGCUACAUCUUUAUGAUGUAAUAAACACUCCAGGGGUGACUGCAGAUAUCAGCCACAUGGACACUGGUGCCGUGGUACGUGGUUUUCUGGGCCAGCAGCAAUUGGAGGUUGCACUUACUGGCAUGGACCUUGUAAUCAUUCCUGCUGGCGUGCCCAGGAAACCUGGGAUGACAAGAGACGAUCUUUUCAACAUCAAUGCAGGAAUAGUAAGGACCCUAUGUGAAGGAAUUUCAAAGUGCUGUCCAAAGGCCAUUGUUAACCUAAUUAGUAAUCCUGUGAACUCCACAGUGCCAAUUGCGGCUGAGGUAUUCAAAAAGGCUGGCACCUAUGAUCCAAGACGACUUUUGGGAGUCACGAUGCUUGAUGUUGUCAGAGCUAAUACUUUUGUGGCUGAAGUUUUGGGGCUUGAUCCUAGGGACGUUGAUGUUCCUGUUGUAGGAGGCCAUGCUGGUGUUACUAUUUUACCUCUGCUCUCCCAGGUUAAACCUCCAUGUUCUUUCACCCAAGAAGAAACUGAGUACCUGACUUCUCGUAUUCAGAAUGGUGGAACCGAAGUUGUUGAGGCAAAAGCAGGUGCGGGAUCUGCAACACUUUCGAUGGCAUAUGCAGCUGUCAAAUUUGCGGAUGCAUGCUUGCGUGCCUUGAGAGGAGAUGCUAGUGUCGUUCAAUGUGCUUUUGUUUCUUCUCAGGUUACUGAACUUCCUUUCUUUGCUUCAAGAGUACGUCUUGGUCGAAAUGGUGUUGAAGAGAUAUACCCACUUGGUCCUCUAAACGAAUAUGAGAGAGUUGGGUUGGAGAAGGCAAAGAAAGAGUUGGGUGGAAGCAUUGAGAAAGGGGUUUCCUUUGUAAGAAAAUAAAAUGGCAACCGGAAGAUUUCUGUCUGCAUAGUUUUCCUUGAAUAAAGGAGGAGUUGCUGGUGUACCAAAAUGGAGAUGGCAUUGAAUUUUUGACACACUGAAAACUGAGAUGAUGGCCAAGCGAGAAUAAAGAGAAUUUUUUUAUGGUUUGAUAGAAACAUCCGUAGACUAUGGCUAUGACAUCCUCAAAAAUAUGCCAUUUUGACUACUAUAUUUGUCUAUCUGGGAGGACUUCUGUUUUCGUUUAUGAACUUUUUCAAGAAGUAA